UCCCCCUUCACGCGAUGCCGUCAAGCAGCGUGACACCGAAAGAUGGCGGCCGCGCGACAAGUGUGCGCGGGCCACGCCCCCCGUUACGAGAAGAAGCAAGAGGCGCGCUCGCCUCGCGCUCCCCACUUCGCGCCGCCGCGAGAAUGGAGCAGCAGCUCGGCCGAGCUUUGUGCAUCAUCACCGGGGCGUCCAGAGGCUUCGGCCGGGCCGUCGCGAAGGACAUGGCCCGCCUGGUGGAGCCCAAGUCGGUGUUCGUCCUGGUCGCCCGCUCCGGAGACGAGCUGCGGGCUCUCCAGACGGAGCUGGCCGCGUCGGACCUGGACGUUCGCUGCGCGGUGGCGGAUCUGUCCCUGGAGGGAGCGCUGGAGAACGUCGUCCGGGCGGCCAAAGAAGCUUUCUCGGCCGACACACGACACGUCAUUCUCGUCAAUAACGCCGCCGCACUUGGCGACGUGUCCCGCUUCGCCAAAGGCUUCACCAGCAUGGCCGAGGUGGACUCGUACCUGUCUUUCAACGUAAGCUCCGCUUUGUGCCUUACCGCCGGUGUGCUGCAGGCCUUUCCGAAGCGGUCGGGUCUGCGCCGCUGCGUGGUCAACAUCUCGUCGCUGUGCGCCGUGAAGCCGUUCCCCUCUUGGGUGCUGUACUGUACUGGCAAGGCGGCCAGAGAAAUGAUGUUCAAGGUUCUGGCGGAAGAGGAGCCAGACCUGCGCGUGCUCAACUACGCUCCAGGUCCCUUGGACACGGACAUGCAGUUAGUAGCCAGGACCAAAACCGGGGAGUUGAGCUUAAGGAAGACGUAUUCAGACAUGUUCGAUGAAGGCCAGCUGCUGACGUGCGAGGCCUCCUGCGCUAAGCUGAUGAAGAUCCUGCUCGAAGACAAAUACGCUUCGGGAGAUCACGUGGACUUCUACGACGUGUAGAGCGUACGGCGCAUUUUCGCACAGCGCGCUUCCCGUCGCCGAGCGUUCAGAUGCUUCCUUUGGUCCGCUUGCAUCUGUCGUGGAAGCUGCAUUUGUUUUGCUUUAAAUCAAUGGUACAGUAACUCGUCGUCUCUUUUUACACGGUUGAUCAAGCUUUUGAAUCAAUGAUUCUGAAAAGCAACCAUCUGUCAGCAUACUGAAUAUAUUCUAUGGCCUUUUAUUGGAACUCUUGAUUGAUUGUUUUUUGUUUUUUUAAAUCUGUCACGGUAAUUUGACUUGUACGCGGCAUGUGCUUGAAGUUACAUUCUGAUGAACAUGUCAAAAAUGUCUACGUAGUUUGCUGUGACUCCAAAAUAUUUGCCCGCAAUAUCAUGCGGACCUCGCCUGUAUCUUCACCUCUGUGCAUUUUUUAGGAAGAAAUCCCAGCACUGUACUAACUGUGUAUUACACUACUAAUUCUAUUAAACGAUGGAUUCCA